CAUAGACCGGGUAUAGUUCCGCAUCAGAAGGAGUCAGAGGAAGCCGUAAAUCUCACGGUCGGACCUAUUUUUAGAGGAAACCUAAAGCCUUUUUUGGCCUGGACUUUUAAUGUUGGAUGAUUGUAGAUAUUUAUUUAUUGGGCAGAUAUUUUUGAUAGCUUGAAAGACAAGUGUACUUUGUUAUCGGACAAAGGAUAACAACAUCAAGAGGGCUGCUGCAUUAUUUGGCCAGAAAAUACCAGAAAUACAGCAGAAUUAGAUGCUUUUGUAUUGAGUUUGGGCUAUUUAAACUAAAUGGGUCAGUGCUUUGUUAUUAUAUUUGUAUUGUAGACAUAUAAUAUCACGUAGAGCUUGCGGAGCAGCAUUUUGUUUAUUCAGGCGACAUUUCUACACAGCUUCUAGUGCUUUUAGCUGCUAGCAAACUUCUCCCUCCGCUUGACCAAUCCGGUUAAAUUCAGUUUACCCAGGAAAAUGAUGCGGAUGUCUAAAGGCGUCUCUCCGGCAGCUGCUCGGCCGGCUGUGGGACUGUCCUGCUCUCAGAACAAAAUGAAGGUUUUGUCCACCGGAGGAGUGAAAGCCGAGUUCUACAGCACCGGCCUGUCCAGCCCGUUAAUAAACACGGUACCGGCUGGAUAUUUCACCCAGAUAUGCAACACCUCUGCGGCUGAACAAAGAGCUAACAGCCUGUACUCAACCCCCCACGGACCUGAGGCUAAACCCAUCAGAUCAUCCUCCGGGCGGCUACCGGCAAAAAGAAAGCUGGAUUUGGAGGAUCCACUUUACCUGCCAGAGUUUCGCACACCCAAAGGCAAAUGCAGCAUCACAGCCAGGAUACCAAGUCCAAGGACUCCAAAGUCACCAGGUGAGCGAACACGAUACGACACAUCCUUGGGUCUCCUCACAAAGAAGUUUGUGGGUCUGAUUGCCGAGUCUCCUGAUGGAGUUCUUGACCUGAACUGGGCCACUGAAGUCCUGGAGGUCCAAAAGAGACGCAUCUACGACAUCACCAAUGUCCUGGAGGGGGUCCAGCUCAUCCGAAAGAAGUCCAAGAACAACAUCCAGUGGCUGGUCGGUGAUGUAUUUGAGGGUGGUGCAGGUGGAGGAGAGAAGGCCAGCACCCUGAGGAGAGAGCUUGGAAACCUGGAGAGACAGGAGAGAUGUCUGGAUGAACUGAUCCACUCCAGCAGCACACAGCUCAAACAGCUCACAGAAUAUGAAGACAAUCAGAGGUUGGGCUAUGUGACGUAUCAGGACAUCCGCUCCAUCGCUAGUCUCCGAGACCAGACUGUCAUCGCUGUCAAGGCCCCCGCUGACACCAAACUGGAGGUUCCAGACACAGCAGGGCAGGGUUCAUUACAGAUCUAUUUAAAGAGUAAAAACGGUCCCAUCGAGGUCUACCUGUGUCCAGAGGAGGGUCUUGAAGAUGCCAGCCCUGUUAAAAGUGCAGUCACCCCUAAAAAGGAGUUCCCUCAACCUCACUGCGCACCAGCAGCAUCCUCCAUGGGCCCGCCAAGCUACAGCGUCAAAGAGGAGCCUGUCGAAACCAACGUAUCUACAGUAGCCCCAGCAUCCUCUUCAGCUGCAGCCUCCUCUUCCUCUCUGCUGGAUGUGGAGGGUCUCCUGGGUUUGCCCCCCAGCCUGCUCCAGAUCACAGAGGACCAGCUCCCUGGUACGUCUUUCACUGCAGACCCCAACACCCCAUUUGUGAGCUUCUCUCCUCCCCUGGACCACGACGAUUACCUCUGGAGCCUGGAGGACAGCGAGGGGGUGUCGGAUUUCUUCGACACGUAUGAUCUCGGAGAUCUGUUGAAGAGCUGAGGUAGACAGGCGGGGUUAGGGGGUAAACAUUAAACAAUCUCCUCUGGAGGUCGGAAAUAUUACAUUUUGAAGCCAUCGCUCUUUGUUUAUGCCAUGUUUGUUUUAAUGUCAAUGAUUCAGAGGGAGGGGUUCCCCUCUUUGUUAUUUUAAUAAAGAAAAUAACGUGUAUAUAUGAUUGUGAAACUGAUCAGAUGAGAGGUAUGGUGAGUUUUACACUGAUGUGUGUACUCUCCAAACUUUAGAAAACACUGUUUUAAAGCAGGGACUGUUUGUGCUACAGAGACAAAAAUAGAGGGAUUAUUAUGCAUAUCACAUCACCAGCAACAGAAUCUGAUGUUUUUGGAUUUCAGACAGUGUUUACAGUUUGAUAACUCAGGAAUAUUUUGUUCUUCUUAUUUCCAAAGUGUAAAUGUAUGUGCCACUCUUUGACCCGUAGGGGGCAGCCUUGUAUUAUGUCAGCUUUAACAGCCAGGCAGCUUCAAUCACUGGAUGAGAGUCUGCGAAAACUAUCAAGAACAAUACACAAGAUUUCAAGUCCUAACAUCUUCAGCACUGAAUUAAGCUGUGAAAUACUCCUUUAAUUAACAUUCUUAUAGAACCUUCAGAUCAAACAUAAAGUUAGUCUGUGUUCAAAGUUUCUGUCUGAUAAGGUUUGCUCUCUUUCCUUAAGCUUUAUAUCAGCCUUGGUCCUGUUUGGUGCUACAUUUUGUGCCAAAAUAUGAGACUGCCGAUGCUGGAUGUAGAUCAAGACUUAAUGUCUGAUAAUGAUUUUUCUGUGAACGAAAACAAUCGUGACUUUGCAAGAGUUGUCAUCGCUCUUAUUGGUUUGGCAGCUUUAUUUCAAGCUAAGGUGCUCAUCUGUUUGUUUCUGAUUAAGUAGUGCAAAUCUACUCUCGUAUUUCUGAGGAAAUUACCCCAAAAUGAAUGAAAUGCAGCCUCUGUGUUGCAGUAAAUUGAUGUAAUUAAAGUGUCAAUAGAGUAGUGAUAAUUUCCCCUUUUUUUUGUUAUGAAACAAUAGAACUCUGAAGAAAGAGUUAACGUCUUCCCUGUUGAAAUGUUAAGCCCAUAAAUGUUUGUGCAGCCCUUUCUAAAUGUGAAGGUGAUGCACCCUGAGUUCAGAGCAGCUGUGAUUUUAUCUGUUUGGCGUUCUCGACAUUUAAAUUUGACGCUGAUGUAUUUUUUGGCUUUCCCUCUAUGCUGCAGAGAUAAGCUAACUGUCCUGUCCUAACGAAACUUGAAUUGUGUGUCUGUCUGUGUGAAUUUGACAACUAGGAAAAUGGGUGUCAUGGUGUGUUUGCGUAUGAGUUUUUACUUUGUAGAAUAGAAAAUAUGUGAAUUCAGAAUUUUGUAGGGUUUUUUUCAAUGAGCAUUAUUUUCCUGGUAUUUGUACAUAGUUUGUUUUGUAUUUAUACCUUGUUUUUUCUGAAUUUUUUGGAAGUUAAUACUGGCCAUUUCUACAGUCAGCACAACUGC